AUGAAAUAAGAAAACCAAAGUCGGUAAUCCCUCCAAAUGUCAAAGAUGUUUUUGAAAAAGAUGUCAUACGAUGGAAAGAGGAGGAUGUGGUUUACAGUGAAAGCCACAGUUUCCCUGCAAUGUUGGAUCAAGUCAGAAGGCAACCUUACAUGACAUUUGUUGGUGUCCCAGGAUCUGGAAAAUCGGCAACAAUUCAUCACAUAGCCCUCAUACUCCAGAAGGAAGAAUACGAGGUCGUACCUAUUAUAGACAUCAGUGAGAUUUACCGUUAUUGUGACUCCCAUAAUCCUCAGGUUUUUGUCAUUGAUGAUGUGGUAGGUGUUUUAGGUCUGCAAAAACAAAAGUUAGAGUCAUUGAUAGACUAUGAAAAAAGAAUUUCAGAUCCGUCCAAUAGAAAUACAAAGGUAUUAAUGUCAUGUAGGGAAGCAGUGUUUAAUGAAUGUUACAAAUCAUUUUUCGUAAAUGAGGCAAACACAAUUAAGAUGCAUAGUCCCGAAAAUGCAUUGAAUGAUGAAGACAAAAAAGCGAUUCUUCAGAAACACGGCUUGGAUAGAGAUUUGUUGUCCCCAACAUUACUUGGAGAAACAUUAGAUAUGUUUCCUCUAUUAUGUAAACUAUACUCAAAAGAGGAGAAAUUUAAGAGCAAUGUUGAAAGGUUCUUUACCUGUCCAGCAGAAUGUAUUUUAGGACAAUUCAAUGAAAUGAAAGGGCGAAAUAGUUUGUGCUAUGCUACAUUGGUCUUGUGCAUGUUGAAUGAAAAAAAACUAUCAAAAGAAAUAUUAACAUUGAAAAACACAGAAAACGACGUUUUCCAGGAAAUGAAAUCAAAAGUAUUGGAAAGUUGUGAAGUUGAAAGUAACACUGAUACAUUUAAAUUUGUUAAAGCAUUGGCAGCUAUGGAGGGGACAUACACAAAACUCUGUGGUACUGAGUACACCAUUAUUCAUGACUCUGUCUUUGAAAUCCUUGUGUAUCAUUAUGGAUGUCAGUUUCCAGAUCUUUUGUUGCAAUACAUUAGCAGUAGUUACAUUGCUAAUAACGUGAAAGUACAAGAAUGUAAAGAAGAGCCAGAGGUUGAAUAUAAGCAAGAUGAAAAUGAAGAAUUUAGUGCUGAGGAGCAGGAAACAUUAAGUAGUGAAACAAUCCAGGACUCAUUUGAACUUUGCAUAAGGUUAAGAGAGGAUCAGUACCCAAUGUUAGCAGAGCGUUUGUACAGGGAUAUAGAAAAUAUGGAGCUGUAUGAUGUUUUUAUGAAUAAUGUUUUGAAACAUCCUAAGGUUUGUAAGGCUUUUAUUGAGGUGUUAAAGACCAAGUCUUACACGGAGUUGAAGUCUUUGUUUCUGUCAAAACAGAAAGAUGUGUCUAAGGUAGUGAAUAAAGGAGAGCGUGUGACGGAGAAGAGUAGGAAGAGUGAUGAGAGGAGCAGGGAAUGGCGCAGACAGAGUGUAUUAGUGAAUGAGAAAAAUGAUGAGAAUGGUGAUGAUAUAGAAAUAACAUACAGUGUGAGGGUUAUCAGCUGGGUAGUUUGUUAUGGACACAAUCAGAUCUUACAAUAUAUUUUAGAACAAACUGAAUUACACAAAGAAACAGAGAUUGAACUAUUUUGGAAUUCCUUUAGCCCCAAAUUAAUCUAUGAAGCCAACGAGAGACGAAAUAACUCUGAAACAGAUAAUGCCACAGACAAAUUAUUUUUUUCAAACUCUUUUACUGAUACAAGAAAUCAAAAACAGAAAAACAGUCAGUCUAUUCCCGAACAUGACCACUUAUUUUUAUUGAGUUGUUACAGUGGAGAUUUAGAGACUGUAAGAAUAUUAAUUAAGUAUAUCGAUUUAAAACAAACAAACACAAAUGUGAAAUAUUUAUUUCGUGAUACACCACUGACAGCAGCAUGUGAGGGUGGACACAUGAGUGUAGUGAAGGAGCUUAUAGAAGCCGGAGGUGAUAUCAAUCAACAAGGUAUGUAUGAUACACCACUGACAGCAGCAUGUCAAGGUGGACAUAUAAGUGUAGUGAAGGAGCUUAUAGAAGCCGGAGCUGAUAUCAAUCCACAAGGAAAGUAUCCUACACCACUGACAGCAGCAUGUAGAGGUGGACAUAUAAGUGUAGUGAAGGAGCUUUUAGAAGCCGGAGCUGAUGUCAAUCCACAAGGUAAGUGUAAUACACCACUGAUAGCAGCAUGUGAGCGUGGACAUAUGAGUGUAGUGAAAGAGCUUAUAGAAGCCGGAGCUGAUAUCAAUCCUAAAGGUAUGUAUUAUACACCGCUGACAGCAGCAUGUGAAGAUGGACAUAUGAGUGUAGUGAAGGAGCUUAUAGAAGCCGGAGCUGAUAUCAAUCCACAAGGAAAGUAUUCUACACCACUGACAGCAGCAUGUAGAGGUGGACAUAUAAGUGUAGUGAAGGAGCUUUUAGAAGCCGGAGCUGAUGUCAAUCCACAAGGUAAGUGUAAUACACCACUGAUAGCAGCAUGUGAGCGUGGACAUAUGAGUGUAGUGAAAGAGCUUUUAGAAGCCGGAGCUGAUAUCAAUCCUAAAGGUAUGUAUUAUACACCGCUGACAGCAGCAUGUGAAGAUGGACAUAUGAGUGUAGUGAAGGAGCUUAUAGAAGCCGGAGCUGAUAUCAAUCAACAAGGUGGGUUGCAUACACCACUGACAGUAGCAUGUCAAGGUGGACAUAUGAGUUUAGUGAAGGAGCUUAUAGAAGCCGGAGCUGAUAUCAAUCAACAAGGUAAGUAUCAUACACCACUGACAGCAGCAUGUGAAGGUGGACAUAUGAGUGUAGUGAAGGAGCUUAUAGAAGCCGGAGCUGAUAUCAAUCCUCAAGAUGGGUAUGAUACACCACUGACAGCAGCAUGUGAAGUUGGACAUAUGAGUGUAGUGAAAGAGCUUAUAGAAGCAGGAGCUGAUAUCAAUCAAAAAGGUGUGGUUCAUACACCACUGACAGCAGCAUAUAAGGGUGGACAUAUGAGUUUAGUGAAGGAGCUUAUAGAAGCCGGAGCUGAUAUCAAUCUACAAGGUGAGUAUACACCACUGACAGCAGCAUGUGAAGGUGGACACAUGAGUGUAGUGAAGGAGCUUAUAGAAGCCGGAGCUGAUAUCAAUCCACAAGGUAAGUAUCGUACACCACUGACAGCAGCAUGUGAAGGUGGAAAUAUGAGUUUAGUUAAAGAGCUUGUAGAAGCUGGAGCUAAUAUCAAUCAACAAGGUAAGUAUAAUACACCACUAACAGCAGCAUGUGAGCGUGGACAUAUGAGUUUAGUGAAGGAGCUAAUAGAAGCAGGAGCUGAUAUCAAUUCUAAAGGUAAGUAUUAUACACCACUGACAGCAGCAUGUGAAGGUGGACAUAUGAGUGUAGUGAAGGAGCUUGUAGAAGGCGGAGCUGAUAUCAAUCAACAAGGUGGGUUGCAUACACCACUGACAGUAGCAUGUCAAGGUGGACAUAUGAGUUUAGUGAAGGAGCUUAUAGAAGCCGGAGCUGAUAUCAAUCAACAAGGUGGGUUGCAUACACCACUGACAGUAGCAUGUCAAGGUGGACAUAUGAGUGUAGUCAAGGAGCUUAUAGAAGCAGGAGCUGAUAUCAAUCAACAUGGUAAGUUUCAUACACCACUGACAGAAGCAUGUACAGAAGGACAUUUGAGUGUAGUUAAAGUGCUUAUAGAAGCCGGAGCUGAUAUCGAUCAGCAAGCUGGAGAUGAUACACCCCUGACAGCAGCAUGUAAGGGUGGACAUAUGAGUAUAGUGAAGGAGCUUGUAGAAGGCGGAGCUGAUAUCAAUCAGAAAGGGAAGUAUGAUACACCACUGACAGCAGCAUCUAAGGGAGGAUAUAUGAGUGUAGUGAAGGAGCUUAUAAAAGCUGGAGCUAAUAACAUCAGUCAGAUAAGUCAGAAACACCAAUGACAACAGCGGAUGAGGAUGAGAUGUUAUGAAUACUUACUAGAGGUUUAAUAUUUGAAGGAACUGCUACAGACUGGGGCUUAAUAUCAUUUACAAGAGUCCCUUAAUGUACAUCUAAGGAUAGAAUAAAUACGAUUGUGACAAAUCUGCUAGCACUCAUGUAUGGUAAUUAUAUAUAUAGAGGAAAUCGUCUUUAAUAAAAUUAAGACUGUAAUCUUUGCAGAAUCGAUUGAUGAUUUAAAGUUUGCAUUUCAUCUGUAACAUUUUUUUGUUUAGAAUGAUUGAUGGACAUAUAGUUUUUUGAUGGAUGAUUUUAUAGAGAUGAUAUUAUUCUCCUAGGUGUGUGGGUUGAUGUUAUUGUCAGGGUAAGGUUCAGCAAGGAUGAUUGUGUGUUAUUUUAGCAUGGUCUGUGUGUUAAAGGUUAAACGAGACAAAUGUUCAGUGAGUUAAGAAUAAGCGAUACUUUUAUUUUGAAAUCGUUGCAUGUGUGCAUAUAAGAGUUAUGGGUGCUGAAGAAUGUGCGAGACAGUAAAAGAAAGAAUGGUGACUCUGGACAAGAUUAUACUGAUACCGAUAUUUAAGAAUUGAAGAUUUGUUUGAAUACCUAAAACAUGCUGAGAUGAAGAUAGUGCUGAUUAGAUUAAAGAAAUAUGAAAGUUGAUGUUUUUCAGAAAAAAGUAAUUCCGUAUAGUGUACAUAAAAAAAUUAUAAAAAUAAGAGCUUAUGUCCUGACAUUGUACGCAAUGUUUUACCUAUACCCUCUCUUUAAAAGGUGUCUUGAAAUUUUGAUUUGUUAUUAUUUACAAGUAUUAAGACUUGCUUCAGAAAGAGAUCAGUCUUUAAUCAGUAUAUGUUGUUGUAUAUUAUAUAGAACGAUUUUACCCUUUCUUUGGACUUUCAGUAGGGCGUAACUUUCUCGGCACUACGUAAUGGUGAAUACUAGUAGAUUUUCAUUGGUUACGAAAUUAAUAACAUCGGGAACUUAGAAUUGUUGUUGAUAACGAUUAGACGACUUAUGCCCCACCUCUGUACCGUGAGGAAACUUUUAAUUGGCUAUUUACUAUAUCAGUUAACACUCUGUCGCAUUUCUAUCAUAUGUAUAUUUCAACAGUGACGGGAAGCUGUGUAAAUUUCAGAAGCUAAUUUUUAUAAUUAGGUAACAUCGAGAAUGCCACGCCUUAUUGAAAGUCCAAGCUAAGCGUGUAAUGGUCCUAAAUUGUCCAAUUCACCAUGCAAAAGAAAAAAAACUUAGUGCAUCCACUCUCAUUUUGAAUCAUUCUGCAAAAUUGAAACAAUUUUAGUCACAAAUGGCAUUGAGUGGAAACUGUCAUUCUCUACAAAUAAUUAAAUUUUACCUGUUCAUUCUUGACAUUAAGAGAAGGGUUCUUUUUUUGUUUCCAUACUUCAAUAUUUUAUAUUAUGGCUGUAAUGCGUCAAUUGUUUGGUUGAAAAGAAGUUUGUAUCAUGAGUUGCUGCUAAAUUGUGUGAAUGCUUAAUUUUUCUUUAUCUUUACUCUUUUGUUGCCCUCAAUUGUCUUUCAUGGUUUUUCUUUUCAAGUAUUGUUCAUUUAUUUAUAAAUAUGAUGCAUGAUAUAAUAUUACAUUUGUUUACAAUUAAAACAAAGAAAUCUUUGAAAUAGAAAAGGAAGAAUUUUAAAAAAAAUAUUUAAAAGAGUCAGAAUAUUUCUUAUUUUAUAUAUAUUUUUUUAAUAAAUCACAUAAUAAAAACAAAUAUAGAGAUGCUUAUCAUUCAUUUUACUUUAAGGUACAUAUACAGAAGUUUUUGAGCAUUAAUUUUCAAUAUAUUGCAAAGUUUUCUAAUGAACCUGAACGUAUCGUUGUACAUAUUCAGACAUAUACUUAGAUCAUCUAAUUUUUUUUUAACUUUUGUGGAAAUGUU